AUGGAACAUGCCAAAUCCCUUGAAAUUGUGCCCCCGCUUGCCGACAUUGGUCUGCAGACAGAGGUCCAAGACGUCUCUGAUUCGGAGAUGGACUUGGACGAUAGUGGGGUUCCUACUGAUGACCUUGAAUAUGAACAUGCAAAGGAAAAAGACAAGAUGGUCACUCCAGAGAUGGUGUCAUCCCACAAGAGUUGGCAAAAAUGUUCUGCGCUCAAAACCUUAGAGCUUGGUUGGAACCUUCUAAGUGGACGGAUCCCCUCUAAACUCGGUGCUCUCAGUGAAUUAAGAGUGCUGAACUUAGAAAGCAAUUGGUUUUCGGGAGAAAUUCUUAAGUCUCUAAGCAACUGCACAAGAUUGAGUUUCUUGUCGCUGAGCAGGAAUAUGCUUGAGGGACCAAUUCCGGAGGAUAUAGGUUAUAACCUGCCCAAAUUACAAGAGAUUUACCUGAGUUACAAUAAUCUAAGCGGCAGCCUCCCUAAAUCUAUAGGAAAUUGUUCGGCGCUCUAUAUUCUUCGCACAGGCUAUAACAAGUUGAGCGGCGUGAUACCCAGAGAGAUGAGGAUGCUGAGUCGCCUACAAUUUCUUGGGCUUGGUUGUAACCAUUUCCACGGAGAUGUUUUUCCUCUUCUCUUGAACUUUACAAAAUUACGGGAAGUUAUUCUCGUACUCAACAGCUUCGAGGGCUCCAUUCCCGUCAACAUUGGCCUAAAUCUGAGUAACUUAAAGGGUCUUCUUGCUGGAAUAAAUCUGUUCAGUGGAGAAAUCCCAAAGUCUUUGGGAAAUUGUUCUCAGCUCUCACUUCUUUCUCUCCAUUAUAAUCGGCUAACUGGUGUGGUGCCUCAAGAAUUGGGAAUGCUAACUGCUCUGGAAAGACUAUAUCUGGGCGGAAAUAAUUUGUCAAGUGGAAGCUCCGCCACAAAGUCUAUUUUUGAUAUUCUUAGCAACUGCUCCAUUCUCAGAGAUCUCGAUCUCUCUCAAAACCAUUUUAGUGGCACUCUGUCAGGGGGCAUAGGAAAACUCUCUCCCGGCCUAUCAAAACUGUACUUGAGUAGCAACAAUCUGACUGGCUAUAUACCGGAAGAAAUUGGCAACUUUUCUAGAUUGACCAUUCUUUAUCUCAGGGAUAACAAUAUAAUUGGCCAAAUUCCGAAAGCACUAAGUUGUCUGAAGAAUCUACAAUUGUUGGACUUGAGCUUCAACAAAUUCAAAGGCAUCAUUCCACCAGAGUUUAGUAAGCUCGUAAAUUUAGAAUAUCUAUGGCUUCAGCUAAAUAAUAUGUCUGGAGAAAUACCUCCAUCCAUGGGCAGUCUACAACAACUGAGGAAAUUGAACCUCGCUUACAAUGAGCUAACAGGAAGGAUACCAGAUGCCAUUGGCCAAUGCUUCCGUCUGGAGAUGAUUGACCUCUCACACAAUACCCUUACCGGAGAUAUCCCUGUGGAGAUCUCAAGCUUCCAUUCACUGGCCUUCUAUCUCAAUUUUUCACACAAUUCACUGACAGGAAGAUUACCUUCACUGGGAGUAAUGCAACAAAUUCAAGCCAUUGAUAUCUCUGCUAAUAAACUCUCAGGAUCUAUCCCUGGCGAUAUUGGCAGUUGUGUGGGACUGCAGUACCUGAACCUGACCAAAAACAAACUGGACGGAAUAAUACCAACAUCACUAGGACAGCUCAAAAGCCUUGAGGUCAUUGACUUAGCCUUCAAUAAACUAUCAGGGCCAGUGCCGGCCUCUAUUGCAAACCUCAUUAUGCUCCACCUUCUAAAUUUCUCCUACAACAACUUGAAUGGAUCAGUUCCCAACCAAGGAGCUUUCAGAAAUCUAAGCGCAGCAUCAUUUUUGAGAAAUCCAGGAUUAUGUGCAGCUUCAGGUUGGUUGAAUUUACCAAAUUGUGCAAGCUCUGCCUGGGUCCGUUCAAAUCGGUUUAAUGGGAAGGUUGUUAUGGUUGUUUCAAUUGGCACAUUUUUGGCAUUGUGUUGCAUUUUGGGCGCAUUUUACAUCUUCUUCAGAAAGAACAAAAGAGAAGCAUUCACAAAUAGUUCAUUGGGAGCAGGUUUCAUGCAAAUUUCUAGCGAGGAGCUUCACAGAGCAACGGAAGGAUUUAAUGCCGCUAAUUUGCUAGGUGCGGGUAGCUUCGGGUCAGUUUACCGAGGAUUCCUAUCUAAUAACACGUUGGUGGCUGUUAAGGUAUUCGAUCAGGACUCUCAAAAUUCUUACAAAAAUUUCUAUAAAGAGUGCAGAAUAUUGAACAAAAUCAGACACCGAAAUCUGGUCAAAGUCUUGUUCUGUUCCGCAACACGAGAAUUCAGGGCUCUGGUACUCCAGUUCAUGUCAAAGGGAAGCCUCGAACAACAGCUGCAUCAGGAUUGCAGGUUGAGUUUAAAGAUGAGAUUGAACAUUGCACUAGAUGUGGCGCACGCGAUGGCAUAUUUACACUAUGAUUGUUCUCCUCCUAUUGUUCACUGUGAUUUGAAACCCUCAAAUGUUUUAAUGGAUACGAACAUGACAGCCCAUGUGGCCGAUUUUGGGAUUGCCCAUCUAAUGUCUUCCACCGAUUCUGCAAGCAGCACCACAUCUAUGCUGAAGGGAACAGUAGGUUACCUUGCUCCAGAAUGUGGAUUGGGGGGACAAGCAACGACCAAGAUUGAUGUUUACAGCUUUGGUGUGGUCAUCCUUGAAAUGGUGACAAGAAAGAGGCCCACAGAUGAAAUGUUCACUGGCAACAAAACUUUGCCCAGUUGGGUGAGAACAGCGUUUCCAGGAGCACUGGAGAAGGUGGUGGACAGAGAUAUGUUGAGUGAUGAGUUGCAUGUGGAGGGGUCCAUGGAAUCCACAGAGCAGGGCAAAUGGCUGGUUAGUUUGAUUGGAAUGGCGCUGCAAUGCACGAGAAACAGUCCAGGUGAAAGACCAACAAUGAGAGAGGUGGAGGGCAUAAUGGAAAGGAUCGUGUAA